CUCCUCCCGCUCUGGAUAGAGUAACUCUCAGCAAAAAGGCUGCAAACGUUGUCUUUCCUCAAGGCACCAAAAAAAAAACACGUGGAUGUGACGCUUCAUCAUCACCGAAACGAUACGGUGCAUUUCUGGAACAUAAAAAGAGGCAAGAGGGAGAACAGAAAUAUUUGCUUUUUUAUUUAUAUUUUUUUUUAACUCACAUUUGUGUGAAAUACAUUGGUUCGUGUGUCCUCAAGGAUGUGAUGGGCAGUGACGCCAGUAAAAACAGUAAGAGAGGGGGAUCAACUGCCCCGCGUCGUCUCAGUCUUGGUUUCCUCUCAAACAUGGGGGUCUCCAUCGCUCACAGACUUGGACACUCUGCUGUAUUCUCUCUCCCGGCGGGAGAGGAUGACAGCCUGUCCGUCCCCAGCGUCCUGCUGCCCCCUGAGGCGUCCGACACUGAGAGGACUCCUCCACCUUUCAUCUCUGUCUUCCUUCCUGAAUUCCCACACCGUCAAUUUCCUGGACAAGACCAUUUCCAGAUCCUGGGCUUCAUCGCUAAAGGUUCAUACGGACCCAUCAUGAAAGUGAAGGACAUUCUCGAUGAGAAGACCUAUGCUGUGAAGGUUUUACCAAAGUCAGAGAUCUUUAAUCGAGGAGUGCUGGAGCAGUCAAAAGAGGAAGUAAGCAUUCAGCGGCAGCUCAAACACCCAUUUAUCCACAAUCUGCAGGACUGCUGGCAGACGCAGCGCAACCUCUUCAUUAUGUGCGACUACUGCGGCGCUGGAGACUUGUACACUUACUGGUUACUGAAGCGCCAGUUUGGGGAGGAUGAGGUCCGGCUCUUUGCUGCGGAGCUGGGCAGUGCGCUGGGAUUCCUACAUGACUUGGGUAUCAUGCAUAGAGAUAUAAAGAUGGAGAACAUUCUUCUAAGUGAUCAAGGUCACCUUCGUCUGUCUGAUUUUGGACUCUCACGUCGCCUGAAACGAGGAGGACGAGCAUUUACAAUAUGUGGGACGCUUCAAUACAUGGCUCCUGAAGUUUUAAGUGGGGGUCCAUACAACCACGCCGCUGACUGGUGGUCUCUUGGCAUUAUGUUGUUCUCGCUGGUGACAGGAGAGUUUCCAGUACGUGCAGAGCCAGACCACAGCGCCAUGCUGAAGAAGGUCAGAGGAUUUCCUUAUGUCCUUCCCGACACCUUUAACUCUGCUCUGGUCAUACUGCUCACCGAGCUUCUGAGCAAGAAUCCGGUGAACCGCCUCCGUAACCUGGAGGGUUUCAAGACUCAGCCCUUCUUUCGCGGCACUUCAUUCGACUCUCACAUCCUCCAAAAGACCCCUGUUGAGUUCAUCCUUAAGCUCAGGACUCAUCCUGAUUUGGCAGCCAAAGCAAGGAGAGGCCUCUCUUUGGACUACUUUGGUAACUUUGACUGUGAUAAAAUCCUUUAUUCUCCUUUAAGUCCCACUGAGUCUCCUACUUUGGCCAACAUGGACCCGAGAGCAGCCACAGAGCAGACUAUUCAGAUAUAAGACUGGACUUUCAGUGCCUUAUUACUGUGCAGAGCAAUAUGCUUAAGGAGCAGCAGCCAGAGAGAGUUGAUGUACUUCUUUUUUUUUUACCCUGGUUCUUGCCCCUCAGGCUAUCGCCCUACCUCAUUGCUGACGGUUUUUGUGGCUGGAUGCUGUCUACACCUUCAGAAACUAAUCAGGUCUGCAGAAGUUUCUGCAAACAACACGGGUCAGGUCAAAAACAUAAUUCAAUAUUUAUUUUUAAUUCACUGUUAAUAUUGUCCUAACGAUUGUCUACAGCUGAUCAUAAGUCAAAAUUAAUUUAAUAAACAGUGAUACUAUGUAAUGAAGAUGCAAAUAGAAGAAUAAUAGUAUCGGGUAUGGAGGACACAAAAUUAUUUUAGGGAUAGUUACAAUACAAAGGUUUACAUAGGAUUUUAAAUAGGAUUUGCUAUUUACUACUACCAUUGGUAUGGGAGGCUCAGUAACCAAUGUUAGUGUAAAUUGUUAUUUGCAAGAUUGAUUUAAAUAUUAAAUGCCUUUAUUUGCUUCGGAAACCAAACUACGCCCUAGUUUCUCUGAUAAACGUUUCCUAUGUUGCCUGCUGUGGUCCUGCAGCCAAAUGGGUUAAUUUCAUGCUGAUUUAAUACAAUAAAACAAUUUUGUACAUUAUCUUUAAAUUGCAGUAUUGUCUUUAUUAAUAGAAUUGUAAUUCCAUUUCCAGUGGAGUAGUUUUCCAUAUUUUUGAAUAUUACCUGUGACUGUUUCAUUAUAUGAUCAAGAAAUCGUAUAAUACCAUGGCAUGUAAUUGUCCCUGUUUUACUGAAAUACCAUGAAUGUAGAG